GGGCGGGCGUGCGGGAGUUGUUGGCCGGGUGAGCGGGGCGGACAGGGGGCGGAGUCGGAGCCCGAGACCGAGCUGGAGCUGGAGGCGACGGGCGGCGGCCGCACUCGGACUUGGGAAUCCCGCGCGCAGCCCGCGUUUCACCCGUGAGGAGCCCGGAAAGACUGUGCAAUGAAUGGUGAUACUCAGGCCGCAGUGGUGACCUCACCGCCCCCGACCACAGCCCCUCACAAAGAGAGGUACUUCGACAGGGUGGAUGAGAACAACCCGGAAUACCUGCGUGAGAGGAACAUGGCACCUGACCUUCGCCAGGACUUCAACAUGAUGGAGCAAAAAAAGAGGGUGUCCAUGAUUCUGCAGAGCCCCGCUUUCUGUGAAGAGUUGGAAUCAAUGAUCCAGGAACAAUUUAAGAAGGGGAAGAACCCCACCGGCCUGCUGGCCUUGCAGCAGAUCGCCGAUUUCAUGACCACAACCGUCCCCAACGUCUACCCGGCAGCCCCGCACGGAGGGCUGGCUGCCCUGAACAUGAGUCUUGGCAUGGUGACUCCCGUGAACGACCUGAGAGGAUCCGAUUCAAUUGCCUACGACAAAGGGGAGAAGCUGCUGCGCUGCAAACUGGCAGCGCUGUACAGGCUGGCAGAUCUCUUCGGGUGGUCCCAGCUGAUCUACAACCACAUCACAACCAGGAUGAGCUCCGAGCAGGAACACUUCCUCGUUGUGCCUUUUGGGCUGCUCUUCAGUGAAGUGACUGCAUCCAGUUUGGUGAAAAUAAAUCUACAAGGGGAUAUUGUAGACCGUGGAAGCACUAAUCUAGGAGUAAAUCAGGCUGGCUUCACGUUACACUCCGCAAUUUACGCUGCGCGACCAGACGUGAAGUGUGUGGUCCACAUUCACACACCAGCGGGGGCUGCGGUUUCUGCGAUGAAAUGCGGACUCCUGCCCAUCUCCCCAGAGGCCCUUUCCCUUGGAGAAGUGGGUUACCAUGACUACCAUGGGAUUUUGGUGGAUGAAGAAGAAAAGGUGUUAAUUCAGAAAAACCUGGGGCCUAAGAGCAAGGUUCUCAUCCUCCGGAACCACGGGCUGGUGUCGGUCGGGGAGAGCGUCGAGGAGGCCUUCUUCUACAUCCACAACCUUGUGGUUGCCUGCGAGAUCCAGGUUCGCACUCUGGCCAGUGCGGGAGGGCCCGACAACCUAGUCCUCCUGGAUCCGGGGAAGUACAAAGCCAAGUCCCGCUCCCCCGAGUCCCCAGCAGGGGAGAGCACUGGGGCGCCUCCCCGAUGGCUGGUCGGCGAGCAGGAGUUUGAAGCCCUCAUGCGGAUGCUCGACAAUCUGGGUUACAGGACUGGCUACCCUUACCGAUACCCGGCCCUGAGAGAGAAGUCUAAAAAAUACAGCGACGUGGAGGUUCCUGCCACUGUCACAGGUUGCUCCUUUGCUAGUGACGGUGACUCGGGCACUUGCUCUCCUCUCAGACACAGUUUUCAGAAGCAGCAACGAGAGAAGACAAGGUGGCUGAACUCUGGCCGGGGGGACGAUGCCUCUGAGGAAGGGCAGAAUGGAAGCAGCCCCAAGUCGAAGACUAAGGUGUGGACGAACAUUACACACGAUCACGUGAAACCCUUGCUGCAGUCUCUCUCGUCCGGUGUCUGCGUGCCAAGCUGUAUUACCAACUGCUUGUGGACUAAAGAGGAUGGACAUAGAACUUCCACCUCUGCUGUCCCUAACCUGUUUGUUCCAUUGAACACAAACCCGAAAGAGGUCCAGGAGAUGAGGAACAAGAUCCGAGAGCAGAACUUACAGGACAUUAAGACGGCCGGCCCCCAGUCCCAGGUUUUGUCUGGUGUAGUGAUGGACAGGAGCCUCAUCCAGGACGCACCCCUGUCCGACUGCACGGAGACAAUCGAAGGGCUCGAGCUCACAGAGCAGACCUUUAGUCCAGCUAAGCCUCUCUCUUUUAGAAAGGGGGAGCUGGUGACAGCCUCCAAGGCCAUCAUUGAGAAGGAGUACCAGCCGCACGUCAUCGUGAGCACCGCGGGCCCCAACCCCUUCACCGCGCUCACCGACCAGGAGCUGGAGGAGUACCGCAGGGAGGUGGAGCUCAAGAACAAGGGCGCCGCGGAGAGCCUGGACGAGGCCGUGGAGCAGAGAGACGGCGGCCCUCCUGCGCGCCCCGCCGCCGCCGAGCCGGAUGAAGACCUGCCGCGGGACCCUGCUUUAGGAGACGACGGUGAUGCCGCCACCUCUAAGCCGACUCUCCCUGACCUGUCCCCUGAUGAGCCUUCAGAAGCGCUUGGCUUCCCUACACUGGACAAGGAGGAGGAAGAGGGGCUUGGCGAAGCCCGCCGCCCUCCAAGCCCCACCAGGUCCUCCACGGUGGCCAGCCCCGAGCCAGCCCCAGCCCAGGGAGCUGAAGAGGCCUCCUCCCCCACCGCUGAGGAGGGGGUUGCCGCAGACCCAGGCAGCGAUGGGUCUCCAGGCAAGUCCCCUUCCAAAAAGAAGAAGAAGUUCCGCACCCCUUCCUUCCUGAAGAAGAGCAAGAAGAGGAGCGACUGCUGAAGGCCCGUCCUGCCCACACCGACUGUGUCUUGUGUUGUCUUCCUGGGUAAUGGAAUGCCGAGCCCAUCCCCCAUGUAGCUAGAGCCCCCCUUCCGCCUGACCAAGCCCCUCGCAGACCGGUGCUAACCUCCUGUGCGCCACGGGGCCAGCCCCGGCGCCCGGGCCCCAGCCUCAGGUCUGGGGAGGCUUGGCUUCCGUGUCCGCCACCUCGCCCCUCUGUCUACUCCUCAAGACGCGCUCGCGGGGCUGUCCGGUCGUGGUCCUGGCUGCACGGGGGCCCUGCGGCCCUGUCCGUGAUCUUGCUCGCCCUCCUGUUGUGAAGCGACCCACGCUCUGUCCCUGCUGGGCCCCCCUUCACUCCCAGGCCUCAGGUGGCUGAAUCAGGCGCGUAGCUUCCUGCUGGCAUCCCCUGCUCUGUGGCCUCACUUUGUUCGCAUACACGAAGCCUUGGUGGGAACACCCCUGCCUGCCAGCGGCCCGGGGCAGGGGUGGCCUCAGAGCGGCGGGGCAGGCUGAGCCGGACGCCCAGCAGGGAACGGGCCCGUGCGCGCCCGGCCUGGCACCCUGGCCGGGACGAUCCAGGGCUCAGCACCCUCCUCGCUGGGGUCUUGCACUUCCUGCCAUGAGGAGGGUACUUCAGUAGGGGGAGAGUCCUUUCUAGAAUCCUUUUCCAGCAGAUUUGCAGUUCAUCCCACAUCGCUGGCGGUGAACACAAACGGUGACUCUUUGCUUUAGUUUCUCUCGGGCCUGUCACGGAGCACCCGUCCCCUGCUGGGGGAGGUUUGGGAACAGAGAGUCUGCUCUUAGCUCAUCCUGAGAGGCCUGGCUUUGACCCAGGGCGGCUCCGGGCAGAAGUCGGCCUGGGAGUCCCUGCCGGCCACCGUGCCCCUAUCGCUCUUGUUCACUUUGGCGAACUUUGAACUCCACCCCCUGGAAAAUAGUCUGCAGCUGCUUGGGGGGAGCUGGCAUGUGGCCAUGCGGACUCCUCAUGGCCACUGCCCUGGGAGUGGCCUGGGGCCAGCCUGUCUGCCCCGCCCCCACCCCGGGCCCCUUGGGGAAGCACCAGGUGUGGGCUUGGGUCCCACAAACUUGGCACCCCCAAUGCACCCAGGUGGGCUGCACAGCACUGCCCGCUGCUCUGGGCCCCUGGAGAGCACACCGCUUUCCUGGGUGCUCAUCUGCCCGGGUGCGUCCGCUCCCCAGGCUGCCGGCUUCGAGUCCGCCGCGGCCCCUUCCUCACCCCGUCCUCCAUCCCACGCGCAGCGACUUUAAUUUCACUUUGUAGUUUAAUUUUGUAUCACAACACAAAGUUGAAUCGCAUAUGCAGACACAGGCCCUGUGUCCUUUCUCCAUUGUAACACGUUUUACUCACAAAUAAAGUUCUUUAACCUGUAUCCUUGCUA